UGUUAUAAUAUGAUUAUGGUGUUAUAGUUACAAUUAUUUACUGAAAAAUAAAUAGUGAAGUUUUAUGCCUGUAUAAAAGUAAAACAUAAGAAAUCGCUACAGCGUUCUUUUUUAUUAAAAGUGGGUUAUAAAGUUAUGUUCAAUGUAUAUCAAACAAGUUAUCUGUAACUGUAAUAUUAAUAUGAUGAAUGGUUAUGAUUUAAGCAAUGAUUAUGUUAUUGCUGAACUUGUUAAAGACCAAAUUUUAGAAAAUAUUUUCUCUUUUCUCAACUUGAAAGAUUUGAAGAAUUGCAUGUUAGUAUGCAAAACAUGGUUUAGAAUUCUCGGUGACGAAAACAACGAAUUGUGGCGGUUUCACUGCAUCAGAAGGUUGUCUGAGGAAGUGUUGAGAUCUGACUUACUUUCAAAUUUACCUACAUAUAAAACUAAGUUAAGAGCAUACCUUCAUGCAUGGAGCCCUAAUGACUGUUCACGAAAUAUUUACAUUAAACCAAAUGGAUUCACUCUUCACAGAAAUCCAGUUGCCCAAAGUACAGAUGCCUGUAGGGGAAAAAUUGGGUUUAGUCGAGGAAGGCAUGCAUGGGAAGUUAUUUGGGAGGGACCAUUGGGUACUGUUGCUGUUAUAGGAGUCUCAACUAAACAAGCACCAUUGCAAUGUCAAGGUUAUGUGGGCUUACUAGGUUCUGAUGAGUCCAGCUGGGGGUGGAAUCUAGUUGAUAAUAUAUUGUUACAUAAUGGAGACACUCAAGGGGACUAUCCCAUGAUGAACAACAGUCCAAAAUAUCAAGUUGGUGAACGAGUAAGAGUCAUUUUGGAUUGUGAUUCAGGCACUUUAUGUUUUGAAAAGAAAUAUGAAUUUUUAGGAGUUGCAUUCAGAAAUCUUCCUUUUAACACCAAAUUAUAUCCAACAGUCUCGGCAGUGUAUGGGAAUACUGAAGUAUCAAUGGUGUAUGUAGGAUUACCUCUAGAUGGCUGAUGUAAAGUAUAAUGUUUAGUUUGCAAAUUAUUCUAGUCAAUAGUGUGAUUAAUAGUUUAGUUAUGUAAAUAUUUUUAAAAGUGUUGACACUGAUGGUAUUUUAUUAAGCUUCACUCUAUUUUCCAUUAACUCCAGCAUCAAUUUAGGCAAUACAAUUUUUAUGCUUUAAGAGCUUUUAAGCAGGAUGUACAGAAACUAUAUUACUAUGUACCUUUAUUACAUAGGAUUUAUAUGCAAUUAUUUCCUUUGAGCCUUGUAUAAUAUUAUUUGCUACAAUUUAAUAUUUGCAUAAUUGGGGUUGGAUUUAGAAAUACAUCGCCUGAUUUGAUUGAUACUGAUUAUGUAGGGACCUUGAUUGUAACCCCUCCAAGUAAUUUUGGCUGUUGGAGUUGCGUCUAAGUAUAAAAAAAGAAAUAUAAUUUUAUGUAUUGUAUUGAAAUUAGAUCGAAUGAAACAUACAUUUUAUACUUUUUUCUUAAUUAUAUUUCAAGCAGCGUGUAUUUAAAAACAUGUAAAACGAAUCGCAAACCGCUAUUAUGAAUGUAGAUUUUGACAGAUACAAUCCGUUACUUUCAAGUUUACGUGUUUACUGAGUUUAUUUUAUUUGGAUAUUUUUGGAACUUUGCUAUAUUUUAUAAUAGAGGUAAUUGUUUUAUAGCACUAUUAAUUAAUAUUUACUUCAUGUUAACUGUUACAUUAAUAUUUAUCUACAUGUAAAUAGGCCUUGGUUAAGUUAGGUCCCCAUUUAUGACAACAUCGAUUCAGUGUCCUCAGUUACUAGUCUGUUUUACCCCUAGAGUGUUAUUUUAAAUCUGUAGGCGCAGACAUUGAGCAGCCCCCACCCGCUGUAACAAAGCAUAGGCAUAACAUAAAUAAAAUACCUGUGCUUUGGUACGCAAGGGUCUCCAGCGCCGAAUUUCCCGUAGCGUCUGAGCUGACCAAAAACCUAUUAUUAUCUAUUGUUAGGUUAGAUUUAUUUAGUUUUUUUAAAAUAACUGUUUCCGUGAAAGUGCUUGGGGGUGAUAACCCUACACCUCCUACUACCCCCCCUCCCACUCACAACCCCCAUUUCGGGCACCAUAUUAUUUCUAAAUUGUUACCUACUACACUUAAUUUUUUAUAUUCUGUUAAGGGUUAAUUUCAGAAAUAGUGGAAGGUUUUGCAUCAAAUCAUUACUAAUUGUUUUUAGUGCUCUAUUCCUAGGCUAAUCUACCUAUAUGUAUUUUGUAAGUGCUUAAUGUCCUAGUCAUGACAAUGUGGAUAAGUUAGUAAUAUUUAAAAUUGGUUUAUAUAAUAUGCUAUCUCAUAACUUAUAAUAAUAUAUAAUAUAAUACUUUUAUGUAAGUACAUUAACUGGAACAUCUGGGAUGGAUGGUAGUGGCAAAAAUAUUUUUGUCUUGUGAUGUAUACAUUCCUGUAUUCUAUUCCAAGUUCAAUAUGAAUGUAAGUCUAUUUUUUCUUUUUUUGCUUGUUAUAUUUUUUACACAGAAAUAAAGUUUUACACAAUGUAUAACUACUACAAGUAUAAAUUACACCAAUUUCAAUAAAGUAAUAAAUAAUGA